GAGACAGACACCGAAGCCAAAAAAAAACGGUCCUGCGAUCAUUAGGCACACCAUGUCGCAGAAGGCACAGGCGCUGGCACCGGCACCGGCACCCCAGCCCUCCGCCGACAUGCCGCCCGCCAUGGCCGAGGUCAAGUCGCAGACCGUCGACGAGCUGCUCAAGGAGAUGAACCGCAUGCCGCUGUUCAUGACGAGUCUGGACGAGACGGAUGGCGAGGGCGGCGAGAACAUGGCCCUCGAGGCCAUCAAGGCCAUGGCCUACGAGGGCACCCGUGCUGAGAUUGCAGACAACUUCCGCCAGCAGGGCAACGAGUGCGCAAGGGCAAAGCAGUGGUCAGACGCAAGGGAAUUUUAUACCAAGGCCAUCGCAGCCCUCAAGGGCCCGCAGACCAGCCGCGAUCCAGACGCACAAGGACCCGACGUCAUCGAGGUCGAGCUGGACGAGCAAGAGGAAGCCAGCAAGGAGACGGCCAUUGCAGAAGCCGUCUACGUCAACCGGGCCUUGUGCAACUUGGAGAAGCAAAACUACCGUUCGUGCAUCCAGGACUGUGUGGCAGCACUGCAAAUCAACCCGUCAAAUGUCAAGGCCUUUUACAGGUCAGCCACUGCCGGCCUGGAGCUGAACAAGCUGGAUGAAGCUGCGUGGGCCUGCGACCGGGGUCUGGCCCUAGAUGCCUCCAAUGCGCCCCUCCAGGCGCUAAAGACCAAGAUCGAGACCCGGAAAAAGUACAUAGAGUCUGUCGACAAGGCACGCCGGGAGCGCGAGGCAAAGGCCGCGUCAGAGCGUGCGACACUGCAGCUUGCCCUCAAGAGCAGAAAUAUGCUAACACGGAGCACGGAGAAGCCGCCAGAUCUAGAAGACGCCACCCUCAAGCUGGAAAACAGCAUGGAUCCCUCUUCCACACUGACAUUCCCCGUCAUCCUGCUCUACCCCAUCGACUCCCAAUCCGACUUUAUCAAGGCCUUUUCUGAGCGGGAAAAGCUAGACCAACACCUCGACUACAUCUUCCCACUGCCCUGGGACCACAAGCACGAGUACACCCUGGACAACGUCGAAGCCUACAUGGAGACGAAGGUAGGCGGGCUAAUCAAGGUAGGCAAGAAGAUGAGCCUGGGCAAGGUGCUCGGAAGUGGCAAACCCGAGAUUGUCGAUGGCCUAGUAACCAUCAGCGUGGUACCCAAGGAUAAGGCUGCCGGGUGGAUAGACGAGUUCAAGAAGCGAAAGGGGAAAUCCGCAUAAACAGCUUACUCUUCUGCCAUGUACUAUGUAUGCAAUGUCAUGUCAUGCCAUGCACAUAGAGUAGGUUCAUCGACGGGCACACGUGCAUCUCCAGGGCAGAUCGAUCUUCCUAGUCCCCUUUCUGGCCCUUUCUUCUCCUUAAACUUGCCAUACGAUCACCGCCAACGGGCC